GCGGCCGGAGGGUUGCUGGGUCGCUAUUCCCGGACCGCACUGCCAGGGGCUGGGCCCAGUACGAGAGCCGCAUCGCCUCGCUGUCACCUUCCAGGCUACCUUCUGAGGCCUUGAACCUGGCCCCAUCUGGCGCUCCUGUGAGCCCCGCUGCGACCCUAGCGCCCGAUAUCCUCCCCGCGGGCUGUCCGGAGGGUCCAGGCCCCAUUGUCCUUGUCCCCACCGCGGCCACAGGCCCCUUGAGCGCUAGCCCUCCCCACUCCCCUUCCCAGGCAGGGCCACCAACGCCUCCAGCAGCCGUUCUUCUGUCUGGUCCGUGGAGGUGGUUGGUUACCAUGGUGAAGCUGGCAGCCAAAUGCAUCCUGGCAGGAGACCCAACCGUGGGCAAGACCGCCCUGGCCCAGAUCUUCCGCAGCGACGGAGCCCAUUUCCAGAAGAACUACACCCUGACAACAGGGGUGGAUCUGGUGGUGAAGACGGUGCCAGUCCCUGACACAGGGGACAGUGUGGAACUCUUCAUUCUUGACUCGGCCGGCAAGGAGCUGUUUUCUGAAAUGCUGGAUAAAUUGUGGGAGAGUCCCAACGUCUUGUGUCUCGUCUACGACGUGACCAACGAGCAGUCCUUCAUCAACUGCAGCAAGUGGCUGGAGAAGGCUCGGUCACAGAUGCCAGGCGCCACCCUCCCAGGUGUACUGGUGGGGAACAAGACAGACCUGGCCAGCAGGCGAGUGGUGGAGUCGGCCCAGACCCGGGCAUGGGCACUGGGCCAAGGCCUGGAAUGUUUUGAAACAUCCGUGAAGGAGAUGGAAAACUACAAAGCCCCCUUCCACUACCUGGCCAAGCAGUUUCACCACCUGUACCGGGAGAAGCUGGAGGUUUUCCAGGCGCUGGUGUGAGGGGCUGGCUGGACCAUUCCCCACGAUGGAACCUGGCCGCGGGCUCCGUCUCCUCGGGAGAUGCGAGGAGACAGAGUUGCGUGGGCCCUUCCAAUCUAUCGUGACAGCUUUAAAUAAAAUGAGAGAA